AUGCAACUGGAUUUGGACUCUCUUGUGUUUCACACGCAGAGACGGGUUGAGGAUUUGUUGUUGACUUUUGGACGGGGAAGUAGUGAGCAGACCGCGGAUGAUGAACAGGAGGUAGUGAGCAGACCACUGAAAAAACCCGAUUGGGAGGACGGAGACCACGAUAUCAGGAAGAAGAAUCCGUGUGCCGCACUGAAGAAAAUUGGAGACCGCUACGAUAUUAUCACGCGUGGUGGAGACAAGGAUAUCUCAACUGUGAACCAAGUUGGUUUUGGAGUACAGCUACUGAAAACGGGAACUAGACGGAUGCAAGAGUUCCUUGCGCGUUUCUUCGUGGAUCCUGUGUGCCACGAGAAACGGUAUAAGGCGCCGGGAGCCGAGACGUUGGGGAGUGCUGCUUAUUUAUGAUAUCUGCACCAGUCGCGUCAGCCGCGUCUACGUGCAGUACAUUCUUCUCUUCACGUAGAAGCGGCUGACGCGACAAACAUUCCUACUAUGGUUCUUCCUCUCUUCACAUAGUAGUUCUAUCGACGUCCAUAGAUGCGGAUGUGAUAAUUGUGAGUACUCAAACUAAUUAAAGUGUCGUACAUACCCCACGAUUGGGUACACUACUACUACUACUACUAAUAUGAAGGCACUAAUAGUACGAUGAUCUUGUUUUUCCAGUGUGCUUUCUUUUCAGCCCCUCUAACUCCAAACGCUGGUCUGCAAAAACUAGGUCGCAUCGAGGUAGGCGACCAACAAUGCGCUAACGACUUGUUGUGGAAAAACGUCCAAGGCUUGGGCGACAGAGUGUUAGCACUUCACCCCAGAAAUUUCGAUGAUGCGACGUUGCUACACCAGCCGUUUAUUCUGCAUCUUAGUGGUGUAUCGCGGCACACACGAGACUUGGUAUUUGAAGCGGUGGAGCAAGCGGAGAGGGUGAUGCAUCAGGAUGAGGACGAGCCGGAAAGAUGGGAGAUGAGCCAGGACAGAAAGGAGCAAAUGAAAGAAAGCAAUGUGUCAACGGACGACAUUUGGGAAACGAUUUUCAUUCCUGCUGCGACUGAGGAAGAAUUAUCGACACAAAAAUCGACACAAAAAGCCCAAAACGAACAAUCUUUUUCUGAACAGUGGUCACAACUUUUGUACCGUGCGGCAGAAGAGCUAGAUGAGCACUGGUUUUGGCCUCUACAGCCUUUGUAUGAAAAGCAAAUGGAGGCAAAAUAUCCGAGGAUGCGUGCUGGUCGUCGUGGAGAGUGGCUUCAUCAGGGAACUCGAGCACGCGGCGCACCAAAUAUUAAGGCUCAGCUUUCAAUGGUCACCAUUGAGGUUGGAGUCACUGAGAUCGAAGAGGCGACCUUCCCUUGAGAGGAGAACAGGGGAAAACGAAGGGAAAGGAGAGAGCUUUGAAGGGGGUCCCUUCCGUUCAGAGUCAUGAUGACCAUUGAAGGCUGAGCUUUAAAAAUAAGCUCUUCAUCGAGAGGACCUCAGCACCAGGGGCUAGCAAUUACAAUUAUUGUCCCGACUCUCCGCACUUCUGGGAUUUGAUCAAAAGUGGUCUUGAUUCGCUCCAGCGUGCAAAGAUUGACGUCCUUGCGAAGGCAGAAGAUAAUCAUCAAAAUUCAUCUACCUUGUCGUGGGCUUUGAGUCCAGAUUUCACGACUCGUGACGUUUUUCACUUGCCGUCAGUUCCCACUUCGUUUGUGGCAUCGCGGAUUACGUACAUGCUUGAGGUUACGCCGUACUUUUUUGACGGUCGUGUCAUGGAACAAGGACGACGUGGCAAAACCAAAGGGCUCGACGUGAAUGAAGAGUCAGCAUUUUUCGAUGACGGAGGGUCUUUAAACUCGCAGCAAGUAGGUGGUCCUUCGUCAACGCGCCCAAAGUCAUCUUGGCAACUGUCUACGUUGCGUUUUCUUCGCUGUUAUCAGCUAUAUUUCCCACAGUCGGCACUCGACAUCGUGCUAAAUGGAGAGGACCAACUUUCCUUUCUUCAUCGGGGAAGCGAUAACGAUAAAGAACUGGAGAUGAAGAGAAAGCAGGAAGAAACCCUACGCGAAGAAUUACGCCAGAUGUAUCGUGCUCUGACAACGGAUGAAGGCCUCGAAGACUUGUUGCUUGCCACAGGAGACGUCGAUGCACAUGUACAAGGACGAGAAAUCUCCGAUAGGACAAGGACAACUUGCGGUAGUUGUAGUACACGACAACCUCAACCGGAACCGCAGUUCCCGUUGACUCUAGACCGUAGUCGUUUUCGUGUUUACACAUGGCCGCAGUUGGGAUGGAAAAGUGAAUUACCGAAGUGGGAAGCUUGCCAACGGUGUAGACUGGAUCUAAAAAGCACGACCGGAGCCGAGGAGGAUAGUACCAAUGGCCUUCGUCUAAGCAUGUUAGCCUGGACCGGCACACUGUUGCUUCACCGUGCAUCUGAAGAGCGUUUCCGAGUACCAAGACAGAGUGAGUGCAGCUGCGAGGAGAUACCAGGCGGGUCGUAAAGUUCUCUAAUUUUUACUCAGUAAGUACUAUCCAUCAAAUGUUUUUCUCCGUUCUUUGAUGAUGCGUGAUUGUAGGUGCUCCAACCCGAAAUUUGAUUCCAAGCCCCUUCAACAUCACAUGUGAAUGAUUAUUCUGAUUGUUCAUGUUCUCAGGGCAAAAGGAGGUGCCUGAACUAAUAUUAUUACACACAGUGACAGGAUAUAACACAAGCGUGCUCAAACAACUAGGUCUUCAC